CUUCAUUACAACAAACAUGCCGCGACUGCGGAGUCAAUCGUCGUGUUCCACCGCGGACACGACGUCGUCAUCGAUGCCUGAUCUAGAAGAUGGCGCCAAGGAUAGCUCUGGGAAAAACAAGACUCUGCGACAUGGUGGGUGGCGGCGGUGGCAUGUCCGCACGUCGUUUGUCUGGGGUGUCUGGGCCGUUGUCUUUGCAUGGGGCGAACUCGGUGCUGGAAUGUAUGCCAUGCACUCGUGCGACUGGGCGUACGGGGACAGGAAGGAGUACCAUCUCGCGGUGAUCGCGGAUCCCCAAUUGACGGACUUUUACUCGUACGACAUGGUCAAGGGAAGUUGGGUCCUCUGGCUCACCGAAUUCUACUCGGACCUGUACAUGCGGCGGCACUUUUCGCUCCUCGCGCGCAAAGCGAACCCUCCACAUGGCGUGAUGCUUCUCGGCGAUCUGUUUGAUGGAGGUAAGUACAUCCACCAAGUCAUUCCAUCUGCGCACGUCGUUCCGCGUGUCGACGUAGGAAGAGUUCUGUCGCGGGACGAACAUGCAAUGCAUCAACAACGCUUCGAGUGGAUCUUUGGCGGGUAUCCCCACAUUCAAUUUUGGAACAUGAGCGGCAACCAUGACGUCGGAAUUCGGCAGUGGAAUUCCAAGUACGCAAACAAGCGUCAUCAAGACACAUUCGGGUUGACCCAAUAUGCAGUGGUGCUGGGUCAUGUUGAGAUUGUGGUCGUGGACGCCAUCGGACUCCUCUCCAACGACGAUGCGGUUCGAGCGGAUGCCAUGACGUUUGUCCAGACGUACGGGUCCAUGAAGGCCAAGCGACAGUUCCCGCGCCUUCUCUUCUCGCACAUCCCGCUCUUCCGACCGCCGCAUUCGCCAUGCGGUCCGCGACGACAGAAGGCGCCGAUCGCACCAGGCCGGGGGGUUUCGUACGAGAAUGUCUUGUCCCCAGAACUCACUGCCAUGAUUCUCGAUGCCGUGGAACCUAUUCAUGUGUUCAGGUAAUGUAUCGUUCAAACGGUGCAGCGCAAUGACGUCUUCAGAUUAGCGGCGACGAUCACACGCCGUGCACGUACCACCACGAAGCGUUCAACGUGACCGAGGACUCCCUCGCCACGUUUAGUUGGUUGCAGGGUGAGAGACACCCGGAGCUGUCUAUGUUGUCGCUGCAAGGUUCGCCCUACACGAGUCCGUCAAUGCAUAUCCACACGUGUGCCUUGCCCGACCAGAUGGGCAUCUACCUCGGGUAUGCCUGUCUUGGGGUGGUGUCCGUCGUGUACCUGGCAUUGGGCAGGCAUGCCCACGUCCCUUCGCAGAAGAGAAGCGUCGCAUUCUCAUGUGCUGUCAUCGUCGCGCCCAUUCUCGCGUGGUACUGCGUCCUCCUGAUGUUGUCGCUGUUGUGAGUAUGGCGCGCAAAGAAAAUUUGAAAAUGAGAAGUUCGAGGAUUUGAUUGGCUAAAAUACCCGGAAUUCAAAUAUAGUCUUAUUGCCACGA